AUGCGGUGUUCCACUAUAGUUUCUUCUUCGCUCGGGGGAGGAGAGCGCAGAAUGAUGGUCCGACCUUCCCAGAGUGGCGGUGCAGCCAAACGCUUGCACAGUUGCUUCCCAUUUCUCGUCUCGAUAUUCCUGGUUUGGUGCCAGGUUCUCUGCUUGUUUCCCUCCUACACCUCCGUCACCGGUUCGCCAGCAAGUGGGUCUCUCCAAGCAGUACCAGAGGAGGGACAAGUGGCGAGCGGUGCAUUGGUUGAGGUCGGUACUGCCCUCCACCAAACCAGUAUGAGCAUGGACAACCCUGACUCAGUUCUACAGCCUUCCUCAGACGCGGCGUGGGUUUGUCGUGUAUCCGUUUUCGGUGGCGUGUGCGCAGGAAACUCAGGCGACUCUCUCCUGGGGCAGUGGCGCUUUUGUCCAAAGGGGCAGUGCUGCAGCAUGUCGAAGUGUGGCGUGGGCGGCUGCUCGGUUGGAAUAUGCGAGUGGUGGUCGAGUGUACUGUGUCUGAUCAAAAAUAAUGACUAUGCAGACGAUAAGUGCAAUUGCCAAAGAUAUGGAGAGCGGUGCUCUCCGAAUGCUGUGUGUAAGGACGUUCUCUCCGAAAGGGGGGGCUCCUUCUGCGUCUGCAAAAAGGGUUACAUAGGAGACGGGAAGACCUGUGAGUUCGAUCCCUGCUCUGUCGACCCGUGCAAUCCCGGGAGCUGCAGGCGAAAUGGCAAGACAUACACCUGUUCCUGUCCGGAAACUUACGUUGUCGCUCAAACUGAAGCGGGGGAGCGCUGCGAAAUCAAGAAGAACUAUUGUCUCGGGGAACCCUGUGGCCCCAAGGAAGCAACCGCCGACUGCGUGGGCUUUGACGAUGGCACAUACGAAUGUAUUUGCCAGGAUUCCUACGUAUUCAACGGAAAGAUAUGUGAGCGCUUCGAAGCGUGUGCGGAGAAUCCGUGCGGUGAUCCUGAGGGAGUGAUACGAUGCACAGCAGAUGGUGAAGAAUAUUCGUGCGAGUGCCGCGAAGGUUACGAUCUCGUAGAAGAUCCCCCCGGGAAGCAAAAGUGUGAAAAGAAUUCGUGUUAUGGCAAUCCGUGCGGUCCAUCGCAUCUCGUCCAGUCCUGUGCUCCGCGCCAGCCCGAUCAAACGAGUCCAGCGACAUACACGUGCCUGUGCACGACGACCGGUGUCUUGCAUGUUGACCCCGAUACAGGCGCCCAGUCGUGCACUCCAACCGAUCCGUGCGCCACCGAACCCUGCGGCUCUGCAGCGGUGGUAGAUUCCUGCAUCAACGAGGGCAGUACAUACAGGUGUAAUUGCAAGCCGGGACAUGUAUCCUUGGAAAAGCAAGGCAAAAAACAGUGUGUGGAAGGCGACCCCUGUGAGCUAAAUGCAUGCGGAGCUGAGGAGCUAGUAGACAGCUGCUCUACCGACUCAUCGAAAUAUGUCUGUGAGUGUUCGGCAACGGCAAUCAAGGGGCUAAACGAUGAUGGGCAACAGGUCUGCGUGAGUCGACAGGACUGCGAAGCAGCGUGUGGUCCUCUUGAAGGUGUCAAGCAGUGUGAUCGUCGGUUUGGCGGUGGUCUGAAAUGUCAGUGCAAGCAAGGCUACGUUGCAUCUGGAACGGGUAACAAAAAGCAAUGCGUGAAAGGGGACGUGUGUCUCAACAAGCCAUGCGGUUCCUCAUCAGCGACGCAGCAAUGCACUGCAGAGAAGGAUGGAAGCUACUCCUGUGUUUGCAAAGAGGGCUAUGAUCUCCGCUUUCGAGAGGAUGGCACACAAACAUGUGCUGAAGCUGGUGAGUGCACUGGCUCCCCCUGCGGCGCCAACUCCUCUAUCGGUGUCUGCACGCCAGGGCCAAGCGCCUACACAUGCACAUGCGUCCAACCGUACGAGCGGUCAACGAAUGAGGAUGGUAGAGAAACAUGCAAGGUGCCUGAGCUUCUUGCCCCAGAACCGACAGUCCCGUCGAAUACAAAGACGGAAGAAGAAUCUUCUUCCACAAGUCUGGCCGUAAUGGGCAUCGGAGGUCUGUUGCUGCUUGGUGUCGGCACAGCGUAUUUCCUAAAGUCCAACGGCGAUGACCAGCAGAAUGCGAUGGAGCCCUAUGGAGUCGACCCGAUGGCCCCUCCAGGAGGCUUUGGGCCUCCUGGGCCCGGUGGACCUAGCCAGUUGUAUGCGAACGCUCCCCGAAACUCCAUGUGGCAGUAA